AUGGCGGACGAUUCAACAUACUGGAAGUUAGGUGGUGCUGUUCUGGCUGUAGGACUUCUGUUGAUGGUCAUUCUACUGCCCCUCAGUUUUUCUGAUGUCGAAUAUUAUGAGGUAUUAUUACGAUAGAUAUUAAUUAACACAUAUUAUAAACUGUAAUCUUAGUUUUAACUAGCUUGUAUACAGAACCUGGCGUCUGGUAUCAGUUAUUUGGUUAAUCUGAGAUGUACCACCGUGCAAUUCACUAGAAACCGUGUUUCUCGUCGAUGCUAUCCGAGGAAAGUCAGCGACAUAUAAUUGACAUAAUAAACGAACUUCAUUUCUGUAUAUUUGAUAUGUCCAUAUAAUUUAUUUGUGCAUUUGACCGUUCUACUGUUUGGAUAGUUUGGAAAUCCCAAUUUUUAAACACAAAAAAUAUCAUGGUUCAAAAGUUUCCGCGCUUGUUGUCACAACUGAGACCUGUUUAAUGUGUGCCGCACACAAGAGCCCUUCACUGGAGAAAUGACAUCGCGAGGCUGUUUUCCCGUACGCAGGAUUUUCUCACCAGGGGGGGGGCAGUAAAGUCUAUAUGCCAAAAAGGGUAAUCGUUCCAUGUUUCGCGCACCUAUAUAGUAAACGUUAUGUAAUGGAUAUUAUAGUGUACUGAAAAGUUAACUGAAUACCUCUUUACACAUAUAUACACACCCUAACCCUAACCUUAAACCUAACCCAAACCCCUAACCUAACCCCUAACCCUAAUGCCUACCCCUAACCCUAACCUAUAUUGGUGCGCGAAACAUGGAACGAUAACCCCAAAAGGUCCCAAAUAUCCAACGAAUAAUUAAUGAUGACAUUCCGAAAAUCGUAAAUAUAGUUUUCCCUAGGGGGGGGGGGGGACAGUUGCCCCAGUUAGCUCGGCCAAAACCUCUUGUUUGCAACAGGCUUCAGGAGUUUGAGAACACGAGAUAUCGUGACAUUAAACGAAAAUGGGAAAAAAAGAGGAAACAGUUUAUCUGAGGGUGCUUGAAAUAUCAAGUGCUCGAGAAUGUGCUGAUGUAUUAUGACGUCACUGACUUCAUCCUGACUUGUCCCUAGUCGCUCAUACCGCGAAUGUAACAGUUCUGGCAUUCUCAAUAGUGCUUACUUCGGCGUUCUCGUGGAACAUUGCCGAAUUGCUUUUUCGAAGUGAUGUGGAGUGAUUGUGGAAGUCAUAAUUCAUCAUUCAUACACUGGCGAAGCUAGCCUUAUUCAAACCUUUAGACAUGUGAUGUCUAUUAUGUCUUUACUCUUUUAGCCUAUCCGCUAAGCAUCUACGUUUAUUAGCAUAGCAGGAUCAGUUGCCAUGGCUAGCUGAUGUAUAAUGUAUUUAUGAAGUGAUAUAUUCAUGUAUUGCUGUCAAUUCAUGCAUUCAAUAAUAAGCAUACUGUGGACAUACAUAACAGAAUGAGGUCCUCGCGUACCAUUAAUCCAUUAAUGGCAUCACCCAUUAAUUCUGGCUAUACUGUUAACAUCGUCUGUAAAUGUUCGGACAGAAUCACUGGCAUACGCACGUAAAAACGCGCAAGUUGUAACAAACCUUCAGCAGACUUGUAACAAUGCUGUUCCAACAACUUGUCAACAGGAUGUGUUCGCACUGCUUGUUCCCAGCUUGUUGACAUGUUGUCAACGGCUUGCUGACAACUUGCUACAAGGUUGUUCUCAACAGACUUGUUACAAGUUGUUCCAACAGUUUGUUAUCGUCACUGAUCUACACACACAAAAAUCUCCUGCAUCUUGUACACACGUAAAAACACACAAGUUGUGACAAAUCUUUUCACAAGCUGUCGACAAGUUCACUGGCGACAAUCUCACAUCUUGUAGCAAGUCUGCCAACAAGUCGUCAACAAGUUGUCUUCGCAGUUCGCACAGCUUGUCCCAAGUUGUCAACAAGUUUGGAACAAGCUGUUAACAACUUGUAACAACCUUGUUCAUAUUAUCAAACUUGUUGCAAGGUUGUUCCAACAAGUCCGAUACAGUCAUGAUAUAACAAUAUUGUUACAACCUUGUGUCGUCAACCUUGUAACAUUCUUGUUAUAUCAUUACUGCAUCAAACUUGUUAGAACAACCUUGUAACAAGUCUGAUAAUGCCAUCAAGCUUGUUCCAAACUUGUUACAACAACUGGGAACAAGCAGUGCGAACACAACUUGUUGACAGCCUGUGAACAGAUUUGUAAGAACUUGUUUGCAGACUUGUGACAACUUGUGCGUUUUUACGUGCUUCUUGUUCCCAGUUGUUGUGACAAGUCUGGAACAAUCUGUUAACAACUUGUAACAAGCUUGAUUGCAUUAAUUAUCAGACUUGUUACAAGGUUGUUCUAACAAGUCUGAUACAGUCAUGAUAUAACAAGAAUGUUACAAGAUUGACGACACAAGGUUGUAACAAUAUUGUUGUAUCAUGACUGUAUCAGACCUGUUGGAACAACCUUGCAACAAGUCUGAUAAUAUCAACAAGGUUGUUACAACUGUUAACAAGUUGUUCCAUACUUGUUGACAACUUGGGACAAGCAGUGCGAACACAACUUGUUGACGGCUUGUUGGCAGACCUGUCAACAAGCCGUCAACAAGUUGUGUGUUCGCACUGCUUGUCCCAAGUUUUCAACAAGUUUGGAACAAGCUGUUAACAUCUUGUAACAACCUUGUUGGUAUUAUCAGACUUGCUGCAGGGUUGUUGUAACAAGUCCGUUACAGUCAUGAUGCAACAAUAUUGUUACAAUCUUGUAACAUUUUGUUACAUCAUGAUUGUAUCAGAAUUGUUAGAACAACCUUGUGACAAGUCUGAUAACACCAUCAAGCUUUUUACAAUUUGUUAACAGUUAGCUUGUUCCAAACUUGUUAGAACAACUGGGAACAAGCAGUGCGAACACAACUUGCCGACAGCUUGUGAACAAAUUUGUAACAACUUGUUUGCAGACUUGUAACAACUUGUGCGUUUUUAAGUGUGUAGACCUGUAAUUCAACACCUUGUCAACACGUACAUCGUGAGUGACAACCUUGUAGCAACUUGAUAAAAUAACAGCAUUGUUACAACUUGUUGACAAGCUUGCUACAAGCCUGUUGCAAACACAUCUUGUUGACAAGUUGUGAGAUUAUUACAUGUUUGGCUGUCGGGCGGCACAUCGUGCCGUGAAAAACUAAAAUAGACAAAUGCCAAUUUACAAAAGUCUUCCUCUAUAGAUUGCGUUCGUGCAGAGAAAAUCAACAGGAACUGUGUACACUGACGAAGUGUACUCCGGUGGUCGCCAUCUUAUUGGUCCAGACUUUAAAUUCAAAACUUACCAAGCUGACGCACACGUGGUGGAGUUCGCAUCAAGUGAUUUAGAUGUUUCCACGAGUGACAAGUUGUCUAUUCGACUUCAAGCUCACAUGCAAUAUUUCCUCCGUGAAGAAGAUCUUUCUGAACUACAUAGGAGAUUUGAUAAAG